AUGUUUCCAAUACUUACGUUAAUAAGGUUGUUAUUAUUGACUUUAAAUAGUCUGCAACAUGUUUUAGCUAUUGAUGAUGGUUCAUAUAAUACACAAAUUAAGGACUCUCAUGAUAGUUCUAUCAAUAUCAGCAGUACUGGUACUAGCACCAGUAACAUUGAAAUUAGAAAAGGAGAUGACAACAACAGAUAUAAUGAUAAUAAUAAUAAUAAUAAUAAUAAUGACGAUGAUGAUAAUGCUCUUGUUAAGAGAGAAAAUACAGAUUCGAAUUUGACAAUCGUUGGUACAUGGUCAUCUAAAUCAAAUCAAGUGUUUACUGGUCCAGGAUUCUACGACCCUGUAGAUGAACUAUUAAUUGAACCUUCUUUGCCUGGUAUUUCCUAUUCUUUUACUGAGAAUGGCUGGUUUGAAGAAGCUUCAUAUCAGGUAUCUGGAAAUCCAAGGAAUCCAGCAUGUCCUUCUGCUGCAAUGACAUUCCAGCAUGGAACAUACAAGAUUUAUGAUAAUGGAACUUUAAUAUUGACACCGAUCUCUGUAGAUGGAAGACAACUGGUAAGUGACCCAUGCAAGGAUAAUGGUACCUCCUCAUACAACAGAUACUUUCAGGAAGAGACUUUUAAAUCGUAUGAAGUUAUGUUGGAUGAUUAUUAUGGUAUUUAUAAACUCAUAUUAUAUCAAUUCAAUGGAGCUCCAUUGCAACCUUUGUAUUUGGCAUACAGACCACCAUUGAUGUUACCCACAGAAACAUUAAAUCCAACUGCUACUACCACAAGUGGUACAGGGUCAACAUCUACUGAUUCAAAGGUAAAAAGAGAUUCCUUAAGUAAUUUAGUUAAAAGAUCAUUAGAGAAUAAGUAUAAAACAAAUGCUAUAAAACAACCAUCUAAGUCAUUUUUCAUGUCAAAUAUCUUUUGGUACAUAUCAGCUUCGGUUAUUGGAUUGGGUUCAUUACUGUUCUUUAUAUAUUAA